AUGCUUAAAAUAUUGCUUAUUGUGAUAUAAUUAAAAUUGUUAUAUUUUCACUCUGCUUUAAAUGGAAGUUAAUACAUUAAAUAUUUUGCUCGUCUGCACAUGAUGCAAUAUUUGGAUGCUUUUUAUCAGUCUUAAACUUAACAAGCGCUUAAUGGUAAGCUGAUAUUUAUUGAAAAAAAGAAUAUUAUAUACAAUAAAUGUAUGACUAAAGUAAAUAUAUAUAAAAUGAUGAAUAGUAUGUAGAAUUUGUGGUAAAUUUUAUAUUGGAACUUUACAAUAAUAUUAAUAUUGGGCCUUUUGUCAAAGUGCUUUAUAAUGGAGAGUAUGUUCCAAUAUCAUUAGAUUUUGUAAAACUUGUCAAUAUACAAGAUUUCGUUCAAUUAUAACAGCUUAAUUAGUAGAUUAUCAAAAAUUAUGUAUUGAAUCAAAUAAUUAGACAGAUCGAGUAUUUAUGA